AACGGCGCUCAAUUUCACUCUGUGAUAGCUAUUAGUUGCCUAGGAAAUGGCACCUAAGCGGAAAAGGUCACCUUCCAUCGUCUUCGUACGCCAUAUACGCACUGCACCUGCGCCAUUCAACGAACCAGCCGACUUCAUCAUUCGCACAGCCCAAGACAUGCAGUACCAUGUCUCUGCAGCGAUUCUGUCCUUUGCAUCGCCGUACUUCCGAGACCUGUCGCUCGACCCGCCGAACCGGAGGGGCCCAUUCAUCUUCGACGUACCAGAAUCGGACGCGACGAUCGAGACCAUUCUGCGUUUCGUAUACCCCGUGGCAGACCCGGUACUCCACGAGCUCGAUGACGUCAGCGAGGCAUACACCGCAGCGACGAAGUACGAGCUCGAGUACGCGGUAGCUGCCCUGCGGAAGAUGUUUUCUCUGCUGCGCUUCCUCGAACACGAGCCUGUACGCGUGUACGCCAUUGCGCGCAGGUUCAGUCUCACAGAUGAUGCGAAUCCCGCUGCUGACUUCGCGUGCAAGAGUGCGCAAGCGGAGUGGCCCAUCUGCGAGGAGUUCGCGCACGCUCCAGCAAUGGCGUACCAAGACCUCGUCCUCUACCACCGCCGACGCACGACCGCGACUGCGGAGGUCUUAAAGAAAACACAACCAUUUGCUGAAUAUAAGAUAUGCCUUGAAUGCUACCUUGAUAUGCCCAAUUCCGAUGGGAGCUGGUCGUACCUGGGACAUAUUAAACCACUGUUAGCGCAAGCUUCGUUGCGUGAUGACAUCUUCUCCACUGCAUAUAUCGUCAGAAACCUGGUUAAAACUCUCUGCGAUAGCUGCACAAUGAAGCUCGUGAAGGCAUCUGGCCCAGGCGGGGCUAUUGACAGCCUCAAAGCGGAGAUAUGUGUGGUUCCUUUGCGUGCGGUAGAAGGGGCGAGAUGCGAUACUGAUGAUGUAUUUUAA